AUGUCAGGUCGCGGUAAAGGAAAGGCAAAGGGCACCAAGUCCAAGAGCCGAUCAUCCCGAGCAGGGCUUCAGUUCCCUGUUGGUCGAAUCCACCGUCUUCUUCGCAAAGGCAACUAUGCUGAGCGUGUUGGCGCUGGUGCCCCAGUCUACUUGGCUGCAGUGCUCGAGUAUUUGAGCGCUGAGAUCCUCGAGUUGGCGGGCAACGCUGCUCGUGACAACAAGAAGACCAGAAUCAUUCCCCGUCACCUUCAGCUUGCAGUCCGCAACGACGAAGAGUUGAACAAACUGCUCGCCGGCGUCACCAUCGCACAAGGAGGUGUUCUGCCCAACAUCCAGGCUGUUCUUCUGCCCAAGAAGACCGAGAAGAAGCCAAAGGCUUAAACACAUCCUUCCCACGUCAAAAACAAACGGCUCUUUUAGGAGCCACCAAAUAUGAUGAAAGUCACGAUCAAAAGAGUCACUUUAUUAUUAGUAUCUUUACAGUAAGCCCUCUCAUGGGUGUUGGAAUCCUCUUCUACUCACUUACCUAACGCUUUUGCAUCGAAAAGAAAUUGAUAAAAAUUACAAAGAAAAAAACGUAAUAUAAGAAAAACUUACGAAUUAAGUAUACUUUUAACAAUCCUACCUUUAAGCACGAAGGUUGUGCAUAUUUUUAUAUCGCUGGCGGCAAACAAGGCACUUAUUGAUGCGAAGAUAAACUACAAGAAAGCCACCAGACAUGACCGGACUCGGAACCCGACUUUUAAAAUUAAACAAAAUACCGUGAGAGGGGUACGAAGAAAGUAAACGAGCUCUGGUCAGGUGAAAAUCAGCUAUAAAUCUUAUGGUGAAUGUUUUUCAGAAGAAUUAUUUAUUACAAAUCCUAUCACUGCAUGCCUCCAAAUGCAAAUUUCAAAAAAAUUAGUUUACCGUUUAAACCGCGCGAAUAUUUUCAGUCCAUUCCUCAAACAAAAAGCUUUCCAAAUUCUGAUAUGUUAGCUUAUUUAUAUCCCAGUGCAGCCAUUUAUGAUCUCAGAAACUAGAUAUCAAUAGAGCUUAAGCCACAGUUAGCCAUCACCACUGCAAACCUAUUUCUAUGUAUUCUUCUACAAUAAGUAGGAAUUUAUCUAUUAGUACGAGUAAACUUUAUUGGCAAUGACUUUUAAAGAUGUGGUGGCUCCUAAAAGAGCCGUUGGUUUUAUAGUACGUGUAGCGUGAAGAUCUAACCGCCAAAUCCGUACAGAGUACGUCCCUGGCGUUUGAGUGCGUACACCACAUCCAUGGCGGUCACAGUCUUGCGCUUGGCGUGCUCGGUGUAGGUCACAGCAUCACGGAUCACAUUCUCAAGGAAAACUUUGAGAACACCACGAGUCUCUUCGUAGAUCAGGCCAGAGAUUCGCUUAACACCGCCACGGCGAGCAAGACGACGGAUAGCUGGCUUUGUGAUGCCUUGGAUGUUGUCACGAAGGAUCUUUCGGUGACGCUUGGCGCCUCCUUUUCCUAGGCCUUUGCCUCCUUUUCCUCGACCAGACAUGUUGUUAGCUGUGUAGAAAACUGAGUAAUAAAGUGGUAAACGAAUCUCACAGCAUUUAUACCGCAAAGAAGGACCUCACUGAAAACAAGCCAGAAGAGAUAAUAAGAGGUGGUUCUCUAUUGGUUAGUUCGGACAAAAGAGCCACGAGGUCAAGGUAAUUAUUACCAUACUUUUGCUUCGCAAGAGAUGUGCGAACAGGUUAAAAGAGAAAAUAAUAGUCGGUAUCGCUCAAAAACCAGCCAUGAAUUCUUUGACUGCUUUCACUAUGAUACUUUCAAAUUAUUUAGGACGAAAACUUUGCAUUUACAAUUUCCAUUAAUCCAAAAUACUGGUAAGUAUCUAAGGAUCGAAACACAGCAUUACAGAUAAAUGACAAUACUUUGCUAGUAGUCUUGAUUGUCCAAUGAAAUCGCAUAGUUUUUGACCANUACACCACAUCCAUGGCGGUCACAGUCUUGCGCUUGGCGUGCUCGGUGUAGGUCACAGCAUCACGGAUCACAUUCUCAAGGAAAACUUUGAGAACACCACGAGUCUCUUCGUAGAUCAGGCCAGAGAUUCGCUUAACACCGCCACGGCGAGCAAGACGACGGAUAGCUGGCUUUGUGAUGCCUUGGAUGUUGUCACGAAGGAUCUUUCGGUGACGCUUGGCGCCUCCUUUUCCUAGGCCUUUGCCUCCUUUUCCUCGACCAGACAUGUUGUUAGCUGUGUAGAAAACUGAGUAAUAAAGUGGUAAACGAAUCUCACAGCAUUUAUACCGCAAAGAAGGACCUCACUGAAAACAAGCCAGAAGAGAUAAUAAGAGGUGGUUCUCUAUUGGUUAGUUCGGACAAAAGAGCCACGAGGUCAAGGUAAUUAUUACCAUACUUUUGCUUCGCAAGAGAUGUGCGAACAGGUUAAAAGAGAAAAUAAUAGUCGGUAUCGCUCAAAAACCAGCCAUGAAUUCUUUGACUGCUUUCACUAUGAUACUUUCAAAUUAUUUAGGACGAAAACUUUGCAUUUACAAUUUCCAUUAAUCCAAAAUACUGGUAAGUAUCUAAGGAUCGAAACACAGCAUUACAGAUAAAUGACAAUACUUUGCUAGUAGUCUUGAUUGUCCAAUGAAAUCGCAUAGUUUUUGACCAAUCGGAAAGAAGCCCGCUAAGUAUAAAAAUAUUGAGUUCAUAUUUGUUGCACAUCAUAUCCGUUACUUUUCGGUUAGAAUUAAAGAUGGCACGUACAAAGCAAACUGCUCGUAAAUCAACUGGUGGAAAAGCUCCACGAAAACAGCUCGCCACAAAGGCAGCUCGUAAGAGCGCGCCCGCCACUGGUGGAGUCAAGAAACCUCAUCGUUACAGGCCUGGUACAGUCGCUCUUCGUGAGAUCCGUCGUUACCAGAAAUCGACAGAGCUGCUCAUUCGCAAGCUGCCAUUCCAGCGUCUUGUGCGAGAAAUCGCUCAAGAUUUCAAGACCGAUCUGCGUUUCCAGAGCUCUGCUGUCAUGGCUCUUCAAGAAGCUAGCGAAGCUUACCUCGUUGGUCUCUUUGAAGACACCAACUUGUGCGCCAUCCAUGCCAAGCGUGUCACCAUUAUGCCCAAGGACAUUCAGUUGGCCCGCCGAAUCCGCGGAGAGCGAGCAUAAGUGAUUUGCUUGCACCACAAAACAAACGGCUCUUUUAGGAGCCACCACAUCAAUAAAAGCAAUAACCGACAGCCAAACAUUUUGUAAUCAACCAUACUUCGUAUCUCUUUAAAAACAACCACACACACAAGGCAAGAAUUCAUUCUUAAUUUUACAUUGCCUAGAGCUCUUUUUAUUAAUCUUCUUCACAUUCAUGUGUUCUUGGGACUUGGUCACAAAUUAGAAAGGAUACAGGAACUUCAGGCCUGACGCUGUCGGUCAAAGAAAAGGUUAAUACACUGAAUACAACCUAUAAGGCCGGAGAGCGAAAUGGUGACCGGUCCGGUUUCGCUAACGUGUUAGGCCAAACGAAACCUGGUGUUUCUUAUUUCAAACUAAAAACGUUGAAACAUCACAGUAGAUUACUCGAAAUCCAGAGGAGAAAGUAUUUAACAACAAGGAACUGAGUUCAGUUCUCGGCAUAAAAAUUCGUGCAAGACGUUAUGAUUUUUUUUUCCUGAGAAAUAAUCUUCCUUCCGCUGGCUUAUUUCUGCCAAAGAGAAAAUUUUGUUCAUAGCGAAACGACUUACGGACGUUAGCGAAACGAACGUAAUUCACUCGGAGUCGUACACAGAGUUUUUCCAUUACACAAAGCUUUUCCUUCUUUUUCAUGAAGUGGCCACAACAACGAAAAAGAGAUAGAUUUUCUUCACUCUUUGGGUUUAAUAGAGGAAACUUUGAAGGUAAGAGUUCAAGUUUUAAAGGACUGUAAGGCCCGUUUCAAACGUCGUGCUACAGCCGUGCCGAACUCAAUUGAUCGAAUGAAAUUCGACUUUAGCACGGCAGUAGCGCAACGUUUGAAACCAGGUCGUGCUACUGCCGUAUAGCACGGCAAGCCUUGCCGUGAGACACUUCGUGGGAGUACAUUUUGGCGGAAACUGUAUGCAAAUUUCUACUGUCAUUACUCGCGGCGACGCGCGCUCUAUCAAGUUACAAAGGUACUCGACAGAAAGAAGAAAAAAUUAUAAGAAAAAAGUGUAAAGGACUUAAAUUUCGAUUAAAAAUCAGGGAAAACUGUUCUAUCAGUAGAAAGACUUUAUUAGCGAGGUCGAAAUUUGAGGAGAUACAUUUGGCGCAAAGUUUAUGCAAAUCACACUCCUGUGACUGACUGUGCUCGACAGAACUUUUUCAGUUUACUUUUUUUUUUGCUUUGAGGUGUAUUAACAGCUAUUUUCAUUUAGCUGAUUUAGUAUCGCAUAAGAAAAGGAAGCAGAGAAACACGCCAAUAAAACCCUUACAGCGCAGGUCGAAGAGCGUUUGGAAAAUUGAGUUGGUGGGUGACAUUUCGAAAGCUUUGGAAAGUUAAAUUCAGCUCCUGCUAAAUGUACUGCCUUAUUUGCCAGACUGAAAUCACAAGUUUUAUAUUUACCAUCCUACUAGGAAAGGAAAAAAAAUGAGCCGUUGUUCAUUUGGAACUGAUUGAGUGACCGUGUCAGUUGAUGUUCAUCUGCAGAGUACGGUCAUCUCGAUUUUGCGGAUAGAAGCCAAGGAGUUUGUCCUUGUUGUCUUGACAAAAGAGAAUUUAAACCAUACUAAAUAAACCAAAUUGUAGAAAUUAAGGACAUAUGGUGGAAGUACAGGAGUUGUAUCAUCUUCUAAAUAUCUCUAAAGAGAAAGGAAGUAGCGAGUGCAAAAGAUAAAGGACUUAAAAGAUCAAAUAGCUACAAGAUUCUCUGGAGUUAAAGAAUAAAAAGCUAUACAUCUCUUCCUUUAAAUGCCUCAAUUCGCAAAUACUUCUGGCGAUCAUUUUUUUUGUAAAUUGAAUUUUAGUUUUUAAACUUUAAAAUGAAUAAAAUACGGUGUUACAUCACUUUAUUCGACGAUAUUUUUGGUUAACUAGCACAGAAGCAUCGUUCGCCAUGUUCGAUCUCUGUCUCCUCAGUGGUCCGCAUAGAACUCAUAUACAUCACUGUGCGACCUUCGACUCUUCAAUUCUUACGUUUCCGUGGGUAUCGUACGAACUUCUUCGUUAUGUCUGAAGCAAAGUCACCAGCUAAAAAGAAGCCAGCUGCGCCUAAAAAGCCAGCUGAGCAUCCACCAUACAUUGAUAUGAUCAAGGCUGCCAUUGUCGCUCUAAAAGAGCGAAAUGGUUCUUCUCGCCAAGCCAUUGAGAAGUACAUCAAAGCCAACUACAAGGUUGGCGAGGUCGGCUCACACUUGAAGAUGGCUCUCAAGAGAGGUGCUGCUAGUGGAAAGUUGAUACACACCAAAGGUGUUGGCGCAUCUGGCUCCUUUAAGGUCGCCAAGGCGGAAAAGAAGGAGAAGAAACCAGCGAAGCCAAAGAAGCCCGCCGCAAAGAAGGCAGCAAAGAAACCAGCGGCUAAAAAAUCCGCAGCAAAGAAAGCAGCGGCUAAAAAGAAGCCAGCGAAGAAGACACCAAGUAAAAAACCCAAGAAAUCGGCAGCGAAAAAGCCGGCAGCAAAGAAACCGGCGGCCAAGAAACCUGCGAAGAAGACACCCGCAAAGAAACCUGCCGCCAAAAAGUCCGCCAAGAAAUCUGCCGCCAAAAAAUCUCCAGCUAAGAAGAAGUAA